AUGAAGGAGAAGUCCAAGAAUGCGGCCAAGACCAGGAGGGAGAAGGAAAAUGGCGAGUUUUACGAGCUGGCCAAGCUGCUCCCGCUGCCGUCGGCCAUCACCUCGCAGCUGGACAAAGCGUCCAUCAUCCGACUCACCACCAGCUAUCUGAAGAUGCGCGCCGUCUUCCCCGAAGGUUUAGGAGACGCGUGGGGACAGCCGAGCCGCGCCGGGCCCCUGGACAGCGUCGCCAAGGAGCUGGGAUCGCACUUGCUGCAGACUUUGGAUGGAUUUGUUUUUGUGGUAGCAUCUGAUGGCAAAAUCAUGUAUAUAUCCGAAACAGCUUCUGUACAUUUAGGCUUGUCUCAGGUGGAGCUCACAGGCAACAGCAUUUACGAGUAUAUCCAUCCCUCCGACCAUGAUGAGAUGACGGCUGUCCUCACGGCCCACCAGCCUCUUCACCAUCACCUGCUCCAAGAGUAUGAGAUAGAGAGGUCCUUCUUUCUUCGAAUGAAGUGUGUCUUGGCGAAAAGAAACGCGGGCCUGACGUGCAGUGGAUACAAGGUCAUCCACUGCAGUGGCUACCUGAAGAUCAGGCAGUAUAUGCUGGACAUGUCCCUGUACGACUCCUGUUACCAGAUCGUGGGGCUGGUGGCUGUGGGCCAGUCGCUGCCACCCAGUGCCAUCACCGAGAUCAAACUGCACAGUAACAUGUUCAUGUUCAGGGCCAGCCUCGACCUGAAGCUCAUAUUCCUGGACUCCAGGGUGACCGAGCUGACCGGGUACGAGCCGCAGGACUUGAUUGAGAAGACCCUGUACCACCACGUGCACAGCUGUGACGCAUUCCACCUCCGCUAUGCACACCACCUCCUGCUGGUGAAGGGCCAGGUGACCACCAAGUACUACCGGCUGCUGUCCAAGCUGGGCGGCUGGGUGUGGGUGCAGAGCUACGCCACCGUCGUGCACAACAGCCGCUCAUCCCGGCCCCACUGCAUCGUGAGUGUCAAUUAUGUCCUCACGGAUAUUGAAUACAAGGAACUUCAGUUGUCCCUGGACCAGGUGUCUACUUCUAAGUCCCAAGACUCCUGGAGGACCACCUUGUCUACCUCACAAGAAACUAGGAAAUUAGCUAAACCCAAAAAUACGAAGAUGAAGACAAAGCUGAGAACAAAUCCUUAUCCCCCACAGCAAUAUAGCUCGUUCCAAAUGGACAAACUGGAAUGCAGCCAGCUCGGAAACUGGAGAGCCAGUCCCCCCGCAAAUGCUCCGGCUCCCCCAGAACAGCAGCUCCAUUCAGAAGGCAGCGACCUUUUGUAUGCACCGUCCUACAGCCUGCCCUUCUACCAUUAUGGACACUUCCCUCUAGACUCUCACGUCUUCGGCAGUAAAAAGCCAAUGUUGCCGGCCAAGUUUGGGCAGCCCCAAGGAUCCCCGUGUGAGGUGGCACGCUUUUUCCUGAGCACGCUGCCAGCCAGUGGUGAAUGCCAGUGGCAUUAUGCCAACCCUCUAGUGCCUAGCAGCCCGUCUCCAGCUAAAAACCUUUCCGAGCCUCCGGUGAACACUGCUCGGCACAGCCUCAUGCCAAACUACGAAGCGCCCGCCGCAGCCGCCGCGCGCAGGUUUGGCGAGGAAGCCGCGCCCCCGCCGCCGCCGAGCUUCCCGAGCUGCGGCCACUACCGCGAGGAGCCCGCGCUGGUCCCGGCCAAGGCGGCGCGCCAGGCCCGGGAAGGGGCGCGGCUGGUGCUGGCGCGCGCGGCGCCCGAGUGCUGCGCGCCGCCGGCCCCCGAGCCCCCGGGCGCGCCGGCGCAGCUGCCCUUCGUGCUGCUCAACUACCACCGCGUGCUGGCCCGGCGCGGGCCGCUGGGGGGCGCCGCUGCCGCCGCCGCGCCCGGCCUGGCCUGCGGCCCCGGCAACCCCGAGGCGGCGGCCGGCGCGCUGCGGCCCCGGCACCCGAGCCCCAACGCCGCCACGCCGCCCAGCGCGCCCCUGCCGCACUACCUGGGCGCCUCGGUCAUCAUCACCAACGGCAGGUGA